GGGGAGAGAAGUGAGGAAAAAUGGUAAAAAAAAAUUUCAAGAUCGGAAAGAGACGAGCGAAAGUGUGGGAAGCGGGGAGGGGGAUGGGACGAAGAGAGAGAUCCCCUUGGGUUGGUCAGAAGUCAAGGCAAGGUGAGAAUGGAGAAACGAUUUUGCCCAUCUGCCGAUCCCCUCGUUAGCCAGGGUCACAAUUAGGUUAUAUCUGUGGGGGGCGCCCCAGCCAAACUACUCGAGUCUCUCACCUUACAUAAAAUUAUGCACUGCCAUUUAAAUAACUUUUCCCUCUCCCGCACCAUCAUUGACCCUUCCUUUCCCCUCCGCUCGAACCCUUUCUCUUUUCCCCUUUCCUUUAAAAGUUCGGUCUGAUCCUAUCGGCCGACCCGAAAAUGUCGUCCCGGAAUAAUUCCGUUUCGACCACAGCUAGCUAUAAUACUAAUGCCUCUUCCUCCACCGCAGCGACAAGUAUCUCGGCGCGGUCGUCGGAGGAUAGGAAUACGAUCCUUUCGGAUUUCAAUCCCACAGUUGUCUUGUAUGUUCCGCCCCGCGGAAGUUUACCCUCAUCCAGGAAUACAAUUCCUCUUCAUGAUCUCACACCAUAUAUAAAGGUUCUCGACCGCGAGAACCUGACGAAGAAGCAGUUGAGAACUCUACACGCUGCGAAGCCUUGGGAGAAGGGCGGAGGAGAUGAUGAGCAGGGAUUGGUCUCGCGGAGGAUGGGGCUGGGUAGUGGACGCUCCGUUUUGGGGGAGUCGGUAGAGUGGCGGGUGCCUUGGGAUGUGAUGAAGCCGGCGAAGAUCAAGAGCGGUGGGGAGGAGCUGGAUGUCUGGUGCGGGAAGGAAGAUAGGAGGGCACAAUUGUUCGAUGUGGGCAGCGCCAGGUACGUCUGGCGAUUCAACGAGGGUUCCGACCAAGUCUUGCUUGAGAAACAUAUGACAGACACCAGGAGCAGACACUACAUUGGCGCCUUUUACAUUAAGAUAACCCCAUUCCCAGCGCUCGGUCCAUUGACGUCAAUCGGUGGGACAUUAAUCCUUGACGAGAGGGGACUCGACAAACUCACCGCCAUCGCAAGCGUUCUCGUACUGCUGAAGCGAGAACGACAACGGAGACGCGUUGGAGGAGGGACUGUCUGAGCCUUUCUUCCUUUUCACUUUUCAAAUUUUUUUUCCCAUCUCUUCCCCCCCACGACUCUUCUUUUAAUCUACUCAUACCCUACUUUGCUCCUAUUCCUUUCUUUUAAUUCAUUCAUGCCACUUGUAUCGCGGCUAUAUGGGAUGUAUCAUAUUUGGGUGGCCGGAGUUUGGAGUUUAAGUGUAUCCGGCGUACCGGUAGCGGGCACUCGAGUACUGUAGCGGGAUGCAAUCUUAUCCGAGCAUUUUGUGGGCCAACUUCAGAGAUGCUUAGAGGGAAAAAGGAAAAGGGAAAAAACUGAAGAUGCGAAGAUUUGGUCUUGCGACUGCCGGAAAAAAAAAAAAAAAAACAGGUUCACACAGGAUCUUUCCCAUCACUACUUUUAUCAUAUCAUACCGGUAUAAUAAUUGCACUUUUUCUCUUCCCCCUCCAUUCUUUCAAUGAUAUCUUUCACUCCUUCUCCCCUCUACUCUGCGAGAAAUGAAAUCCUAUCUCCUUGUCAUACACACACACACACACCGCCCCGCUUCCGUUAUCCUUAUCCCGAGUAUGAACGAGAAGCAAACAGGAGCUGCUUGCUUGCUGUGUUCACAAAAAGAAUGAUAUCA